AUGUCGCAACAAUAUCCUCAGCAAUAUCCGCAGCAAGGCGUGCCGGUGCAGGAGGGUUACGGUCAGCAGCCAGCGCAACCACCUGCCGGCCAAAAUUAUGAAAACUACGAAACCAACUCUCCGCCAGGAGUGCAGACAGGACCUGCGCCAGGUCUGGCUCACGGUGGUCGGAAGAAGCGGGCUUAUGCAGGACAAGCCUAUGAGUUUGGUGCUGGAGCGAAUGCUGCCCUGGGAGGACAACAACAAGCUGGCGGCGCAUACUCUGGAUAUUCCGUCCAACAAGAUGCAGCAGGCUAUCCGCAGGGAGGUUAUCAGCAGAACCCUGCGGCCGUGCAACAGAAUGCAACACCUCUGUACCCUGGUCAGGAGCCAGCUGCUGCGCUAGGGGGUUAUCAACCUCCCACUCCACCCUACCCUACGCCGGGUGGUGUGGCAGGAAUGACUCAACAGUUUGGUGAGAUGGACAUCUCGCAAAAGCCGCCUGUGGCCGCUGCGCCCCAACAGGCGCAACGUGCUCCGGUCUUGAACCAGCUGUACCCAACGGACCUCUCAAAUCAGCCAUUCAAUGUCGCAGAGCUGGACUUUCCACCCCCACCAGUGAUUCUCCCUCCCAAUACAAGUGUUACGCCCUCACCUUUCGCCAAUUGCCCACCAAAAUACGUCCGGUCGACGUUGAACGCUGUUCCCACUACUCAUUCCCUUCUCAAAAAGUCAAAACUUCCAUUCGCCCUCGUCAUCCAACCGUACACUUCUCUACACGACGUUGAAGAUCCUGUGCCUGUAGUGCCGGACCAGGUGAUAUCCCGUUGCAGAAGAUGUCGGUCAUACAUCAAUCCCUUUGUCACCUUCCUGGACCACGGGCAUCGAUGGAGAUGUAACAUGUGCAACCUGACCAACGAUGUGCCGCAAGCCUUUGACUGGGAUGCAGCUGCCCAGAAAAGUCUCGACAGAUGGCAGAGACCAGAUCUGAAUCACGCAGUGGUAGAGUUCAUUGCGCCACAGGAAUAUAUGGUCCGGCCUCCACAACCGCUUGUGUAUCUGUUCUUGCUCGACGUAAGUUAUGCGGCGGUGUCGAGUGGGCUCCUUGCGACGACGGCAAGAUGUAUCCGAGAGAGCUUGGAUCGGAUACCAAAUGCAGAUCGACGUACGCGGCUGGGCUUCAUUGCGGUUGAUUCCAGUUUACACUUCUUCAAUAUCCCUCGUGAUGGGACCGAGAACGCCCAAACAAGCAUGCUGGUGGUUAGCGACCUCGAAGAGGCGUUCUUACCCACGCCUGCUGAUUUACUCGUGACAUUGACCGAAUGCCGCGAAAACAUUGAAAAUUUCUUGGAUAAACUUCAAGAGAUGUUCCAGAAUACCCAGAACGGCGCAUCUGCCAUGGGAUCUGCCCUUCGUGCAGGGCAUAAGCUUAUUGGACCAGUUGGUGGGAAAAUGACGGUCGUCACUGCUUCGAUUCCUAAUAUCGGCCAUGGCAAACUGGAAAUGCGUGAGGACAAGAAGUUACUCGGCACAUCGAAGGAAAGCAGCCUGUUGCAGACUGGGAACAGCUUCUACAAGAGCUUUGCCGUUGAAUGUUCGAAGCAGCAAAUCUCGGUGGACAUGUUCCUCUUCUCCUCACAGUAUCAGGACGUGGCUUCUCUGAGCAAUUUGCCCAGAUACACUGGUGGACAGACUUACUUUUAUCCUGGUUGGAAUGCCGCGAGAGAAGAAGACGCCAUGAAGUUUGCCAAAGAGUUCUCUGACUACUUGUCGGCAGAGAUUGGUUUGGAGGCCGUUCUCCGUGUUCGAGCCACGACCGGAUUGCGAAUGAGCACCUUCUAUGGCAAUUUCUUCAACCGCAGCUCGGAUCUCUGUGCGUUCCCAGCAUUCCCACGAGAUCAGAGCUACGUUGUGGAGGUGGCGAUUGACGAGACUAUCACGAAGCCUGUAGUGUGUAUGCAGACUGCUGUCCUUCACACUACAUGCAACGGCGAACGACGAAUUCGAGUCAUGACCCUCGCGCUACCCACGACCCAGCAAUUGGCCGAUGUCUACGCCUCGGCCGACCAGCAAGCUAUCACAGAGUAUUUCAGCCAUAAAGCCGUCGAACGCGUCCUUAACAGUGGGCUUGACAGUGCCCGAGACAUGAUCCAAAAUAAAUUGGUCGAGCUUCUGGCCACGUACAAGAAAGAGCUUGCAGGAGGCAGUAUGGGUGGAGGUGGGCUUCAAUUCCCUGCUAACCUUCGAGGCCUGCCCGUGCUUUUCCUUGCCUUGAUCAAGAACCUAGGUCUCAGGAGAUCGUCACAAAUACCCAGCGACAUGCGGUCAGCCGCUCUGUGCUUGCUAUCGACCCUGCCGCUCCCGUUGCUGAUACAGUACAUCUAUCCCAAAAUGUUUUCCCUUCACGACAUGCCAGAUGAUGCAGGGACAGUCGAUGAGAAGACUGGCGAGAUCAUUCUCCCGCCGCCAAUCAAUCUAUCAUCGGAAAGGAUCGUGCCGUAUGGACUGUAUCUGAUUGAUGACGGUCAGACCCAGUUCCUUUGGGUCGGACGUGAUGCUGUUCCGCAGCUGAUAAUCGACGUCUUCGGUCUGUCUGACAAGAGUCAACUCAAAGUGGGCAAGCAACGACUACCUGAGCUGGACAAUGAUUUCAGCGAGCGUGUGAGAGCAGUCGUCUCCAAGAGCCGCGACCACAAGUCCAAAGGGGUGGGCAGUAUCGUGGUGCCACAUCUCUAUGUGGUGAAAGAGGAUGGCGAACCCGGAUUGAGGCUUUGGGCACAAACGAUGCUCGUGGAGGACCGAGCAGACCAAGGAGUGAGCUUACAGCAAUGGAUGGGGAUGAUGCGCGAAAAGGUACAGUCUUGA